AUGCCGCGGGCUUUGAGAUUCCUUGUUUCCAGCCUCUUCCUGCUGGCCCGGGACCUGCGCCCAAUCGUGGGGAUAAUAUUCCACAAGGCCCGGGAGCACCUCACUCAACCGCGAACUGCUCUCCUGCCGAGGCGGCCUGGCCCUGUUCACGCGCACGGCGUGGCCGUCACGUUAAUUCGGGAAACCCCUCCGGGGCCGCCGCGGGCCCGGGUUCCCGCACCCACGGCCCGCGCCCCCCUGCGCCCACCCCCACUCCCCCGCUUCUGCAGCCCGCCCUCGGGGCAGAGGCUCCAGAAACAUCGGCGGCUGAAUCCCGACGGCGAGGCCCCGCGGGGGGCGCGGAGCUCCCCCUCACCCCCGCCCCCUCACCCCCGCCCUUCCUCUCCAGCUGCGCGCCCCCGGGAACCCGGCAGUGUCGGCGGCGGGCGGCGCACGGGGCCCGGUGCCCUCUGGGCGGGGGCGGCCGGGCCUCGCGGCUUGCGGACGUGGCCCUCCGCCGCGGGCGACCUCCCGCCCCCGCCGCUCCGGGCUCUCUCCGCCCCGCAGCCGCGGCGCCCCUCCGCGUCCCGAGGCCUCUCUCCGCCCCCUCCCUCCCCUCCACCUCCCCUCCGGCUCCGGCUCCUCCGCGCUCCGGGCCUCCUCGCCUUUGUCUCCACGCGCCCGGCCCACCUCCCCCACGGCCGGGCCCGGGACGCUCCCCGGGGUCCGGGCCGGGUUGGCAGGUGCCCCGAGGGCCGGAGCCCCGUCCCCUCCGCCGCGUCUCUGCGGGCUCGGCGCGGGCGGGGCCCCGCGGGAGCGGCCCGGGCCGGGGGCCGCGCGGGGUUUGGGGGCGGGGAGGCCGGGCCGCGCGCGGAGGCGGCGGGGGCACCCGGGGGCCCGCAGGCGGCCGAGCGCGCCGAGGGCUCGUCCUUCAGCAUCCUUCUCCGUAACCGGAGCGCCUGUCUCCGCUCGCUGGGCGCGCGCGAGCCUGGGAACAAGCCCGCGAGGCCCCAUCCUGCCCGGGCAGUUCUGUUUCCAGAAGAAACCACAACCAACGACCGGGCCCUCGCGGCCCACAUUGCCUUGGAGUUGGCACAGAGUUACCCUCAGAGGUUCAUGAGGCAGGGCCUCUCACAUCCGGAGGCACGGACACUGGGAGAGCUUGUUGCCGAGGCAGGGGCUCAGACCAGUCCCCGGCGCAGGACGCCUCCGAGGCCCAGGAGGACCCAGGCUCAACCUGCUCCUCGGCACCCCGGGGAUGCUGAGCAGAGCCGGCGGGACUCGGGAGACUGGGGACACGACACGACCCAGCACGUGUGUGGUGAGCAGUUGUUCAGACUAGCCGACGUCAGGGCUGGCGGGGCCGAGCCGUCCGGGACCUUGGUGCAGGACUUCUCUUCUCUUUGUAAACCUCAUGCUGACAAAACGUCUCGAGUCCUGGCUGCUGUGGGCCGUGAACAAGGAACACCGCCGCCUGGAACCCCCAUGCAGGCCACCAUGGUGCUGCCCGCACGUGAGCAAGGCCUUCCGGGGGCUGGAGGGAGGAACCAGGGCGGCAGGAUCCUGUUAGGUUUCAUCUCUGGCCAGAACCAGCUCCGGCUGUGUGGGGAAGCGGAGCCCGCGGGGCGAUUGUGCGGCGUCUGCUGGAAUUUGGCAGCGCGGAGGCUUGGAGAGCAGCCCCAUGCUGGCUCCUAUUCAGCCGGCCGGUUCUCCUCGAGCUUUGGAAGUUUCACUCAGCCGUGCACUCAAUGGCUUCACAAAGCUGAUUACAAGCUUCAGCGCAUUCCUGAAGGAGCCGAAAGCGACGCAGGUGCAAGCGAGCCGAGGGAGCCCCUUAUCCCGGUGACAGAAUGGGAGAAGCUGGGAAAGGCUUGGACCACACAAAUCCAAGCGCGCCAGGCAGCAGAGAGCCCGCCUUGGGAACCAGGGGUCAUUAUGCGCCCUAUUCAGCAGGGCCCCGGGACCCUGGGGGCCCGGGAGGCCGGGCCGCGAGGGCGUGCUGGCGGCCAGGCUGAGACGCGGGCCGCCCGCGGGCUUGUGCAUUUGCAACGACGGGGCCAGCGAAGUCCGUGCGCGGACGGGCCUGGGGCAGCACCAGCAGAAUCACAGAACUCAGCCUGGUGUGUGGACGGCUGCAACCUCUGCCCACCCCCUGUCCAGACCACCUGCCCUUCCCCUGUCCCAGCCCGGCGCUGCGGGUCUCUGCGCCCGCCCCCCGCCCCAGGCCGCUGUCUCUGGGCCCCGAGGGUCACUCUGCGCCCUUCCUCCCCCAGCCCGCCUUCCCCAUCAGUCCUCGCGUCGGCCAGUCAGCUGGGAGGGACCGUGUCGGAGCCCCGGUCGCCGGGCCGCCCCGUCGGAGCGAGCUCCUCGUGGCGAGGACGCCUGCGCUGGGAGUCUGACUCCGCGGGGGGAGGAGGGCCGGCCCUCUGGGGCGCGGAGGAUGAGUGA